AUGUCUAGAGGCCAAGACAGAGAUUGGCCACGUGGUAGUGAUAGAGGUGGAAACCGCGGUGGUCGGGGAAGUCGUGGAGGUGGUCAAGGUUACCAAUCUGGACCUCGUGGUGGUGGUGGUGGUGGUAAUGAAGGUGGACACCGUGGUGCUCCGGGUGGUCAUCGGGGUGGUCAAGGAUUUCAUUCUGGACCUAGUGGUGGUGGUAAUGAAGGUGGAUAUCGUGGUGCUUCAGGUGGUCGCGGCCAUGAUCCUUCCCGUGUUCGUGGAGGCAAUCGUGGACGCUCGCGCGGUGGUCUAAAUGAAGGUCAGGGCGGUUAUGGCUCAAGCCGUGGGGGUCGAGCACAACCACGUGGAGCAGGUGGUUGGGGUGAUAGAGGUGAUAUUCGGUGUUUUUCUCCAUCUACAACACCAGCAGGAAAUGUAGAAACGACUGGGCCACCUAUUGUUUCUUCUGAACUUCCGCUAGAAAAGUCUGGUCCUAUCGCGUCGCAUUCAAUACCGCCACCAGGGGACCAACCAACAGGUGAAUCAGGAAAUAGUGGAAAUAGUAAACGCAAAAAACGUGGUAAAGGUCAAGGUUCUUCCGGGAAUCAGUCUGAUAGUGGUGGUGAAUGCUUCCUCUUAUCCUAUCUACCAAUUAGUGUUAAUGUACUGAAUGAAGUCUUCAAGAAGGACUGUGGGACACUAGAAGCCUCUAUCACCCAUCGAUGUAAGAUUUAUCUUAUUGAAUGGAUUCCAUCAACCCGAAUCCUUUCUAGGGAGAUUUCUCUCUCACGUGAGCGCUAUUUGCCAAACCGGCCCUCCAACGGUAAAGUGGGUAAACCAACGAAGGUUGUGGUCAAUUGUUGGGAUCUGGAGAUUGGCAACACACUUAUACAUCGUUACGACAUUCAACCUGUGAAUUUGUUUACAGUUAACGAAAAUAAUCAAGAAAAAAUACUUACGGACAAAGUUAACCGUCUAAGAAGACACAUGCCCCAUGUCUUUAAUCUGUAA